UUAACUUAUACAUUUUCUUUAUUAGGUGCGUAAGCAACAUAUGGAGCGCGCUACAGAUUUUUUGGUGAAAGAGUUGAAAGUUUGCACACAAGAGGAGGCAGUGUCUCGUGUAUUUUUUAUUUCAGCUAAGGAAGUAUUACAGGCUCGAGUAAAAGAACGCAAUGGACAAGCUAUAAAUAAUGGAGCAUUAGCUGAAGGUUUUAGUGCUAGAUAUAUGGAAUUUGAAGAAUUUGAACGUAGAUUUGAGGAAUGUAUCUCAAAAUCAGCAAUUAAGACUAAGUUUUUAAAUCAUUCACAACAAGGAAAACAUUUAGUCAAAGAUAUGUAUACAAUUAUGGAAAAAGUUUACAACAGAAGUAAAGAACUAACACAUUCAAAAAUGUGUCAAAAAAAAGAAUUUCAAGAGAAAUUGAAUUUUACAGAACAACAACUUGUAUGUAUAACAAAUCAGAUGAAAAUGAAAAUCCAUCAGAUGGUUGAUGAUGUGGAGGAUAAGGUGUCUAAAGCCCUUAAUGAUGAAAUUCGCAGAUUAUCUACUUUAGUUGAUGAAUUCAAUUUACCAUUUCACCCAGAAUCAUUAGUUUUAAAUGUUUAUAAAAAAGAACUUCAUAGCCAUGUCGAAUCAGGGCUUGGUAGCAAUUUACGAGCUAAACUAUCCACCGCAUUGGCUAUGAAUAUAGAUCAAAGUCAAAGAGAAAUGAUUGAUAAGAUGUCAACGUUAUUGCCAGAAGAUAAACGGAACAUUAAUGUCACAAAUCCYAAACGUGAACCAUUUGAAGUUUUGUAUCGUUUACACUGUGAUAAUCUAUGUGGAGAUUUCCACGAGCAACUUGAAUUCAAAUUCUCUUGGGGCUUAUCAAAAUUAAUUACUCGUAUAUCAUCAUUAGCCAAUUGGUCACGUGAUCAAUCAAGGGUUCUUAUAUCCCCAUCUCAAAAUCCAUCAACCAGUGCUGUUGACGGUUCAUUUAGUGGAUUUGAUAAUAGUUUAGCUGUGGAACAAAACUUAUCCAUGAUAUCACGUGUUCUGGCUGCAUCUGUGGGUACUCACGGUACUGURGGAGGACUCGUUUUAGGAGGAUUUAUGCUCAAAACAGUUGGGUGGCGUUUGAUUGUAGCUGCUGGUGCUGUAUAUGGGGUUCUUUAUUUAUAUGAGCGUUUGUCUUGGACAACAAAAGCAAAAGAAAGAGAAUUUAAGAGACAAUAUGUCGAUCAUGCUACUAGGAAGCUUCGUUUGAUUGUUGAUCUCACAUCUGCGAAUUGUAGUCAUCAAGUACAGCAGGAACUCUCUACUACCUUUGCACGAUUAUGCCAAUUAGUUGAUGAAUCUGCUAACAAUUUAAAUGAUGAAAUGAAAAAAUUGGACCAAGAAAUAAACAUGUUAUCUAAGUCAACUGAAAUCGCAAAAUUCUUAAGAAGCAAAGCAGAUUUUUUGAAAGUAGAGUUGAAGCARUUUGAUGAUACGUUUCUAUGUUUAAAUAACUAGAUAAGUAGUCAAGAUGUAAAACGAUUGUAUAUUAUACCUACUUGUUGAGUAUUUCUUUAUAUUAUUUUUAGAAUAGGUA